GCCGGGCGGUACGCGAGGGCUGCUGGCCGUCGGCUCAAGGCCUCGGCUCCACCUGCCCGCCCGCCUGCGGUGCGAUCGGUCGGCGGGGUGUGCGCCGCGCUGGGCCCAUGGCAGCGUCGGCGGCCCUGUCUGCGGCGGCGGCGGCGGCUGCCAUGUCGGGCCUGGCGGUGCGGCUGUCUCGCUCAGCUGCGGCCCGCGGCUCGUACGGCGCCUUCUGCAAGGGGCUCACGCGCACGCUGAUCACCUUCUUCGACCUGGCCUGGCGGCUGCGCAUGAACUUCCCCUACUUCUACAUCGUGGCCUCGGUGAUGCUCAACGUCCGCCUGCAGGUGCGGAUCGAGUGAGCGCCCGCAACCACCGCGCGGCCGCGACGGCAGGGGCGCCGGCAUGAAGCUCCGCGGGACCCAGGGCCGCCGGGACGCGGCGGGGGAAGGAGAAGGGGCGGCCCGGGCCCCCGGACCCUAGACCUCGGCGGAGGUCACGGCCACCGAGCCCCAAGCCCCGGCUCUGGUCACCCACGUCGCGGCCGGUGACGAACUGCACAGAAACUCGCGAAACGGGCCCUUUCCAUCGAACUCGAGAAAAUUACUUGAGUGCGGCCGACCUGUUGCCUCACCUUGGGCGAAGUGGGGAGCAGAAGGAAGAAAUUCUGCAGCAGGAACGUGAAUGACUGGCCCUGACCAAAGAGGCUGGCCCCUGGGCCCAGCGUCUCACGGGAGAGUCUCCUCUGGAUGGGCCUGCAUUGGUCCUGGAGGCCUUGGCUGCGCUGCUGACUGACGCCCCAGGAGCGGUGCAGAGGGGAGGCAGGACAGACCCUGGCCCUCACCCCGCACCGCUCCCACGUGUGCUCGGGCGGUGGUUGCUCAUGGUCGAUGCACUCAGAGUUCCUGGGGCUGAGCACCCCAGCAGCCUGGUUGCCCCCAGGACAGAGCGGCCGAGCCUCACACCAUGUGCCCUCCUCAGCUGCCCAGCUGGAGCCCGGGUCCCACGUGAGGAUCUCUGCCUUCCUCACCCCGGGGCCGGAGGCUGCACCGCGGCCACCACGUGCCCCCCACAGAUGCCCACCGACGGGGCCUGAUGGCUUCCUUCCUUGUGCCAAGUCACCCGGGAGCCCUGGUCCUGGUGGCCCUCCUCCAGCCCAACUGUGCCCACCCAGGGCCACUUCUGGGAGCCUGCCAGCCUGCGAACUGCAUCCCUGGAGCUCUGGGGACAGCCUCUGAGACUGUGCCACGGGGCUGCAUGGGAGGAGAGCAGAGGACGAGGGGCCUCCUUGGGGCUGAUUCGCAGACGUGCCCCUUUCAAGCCCAGCUCUCACCCUCCGGGUGGCUCGAUCCCCAGCUCCAGCCUCUUGCUGGGCCAGCCUGAGCGGGCUUGAGAAUGGCACAGGGGAGGCUCUUCACUGGCCGCGUGGGUGCCCGUGUGUGAGUGCGCAUGUAUGAGUGUGUGCGGGUGUGAGCGCGUGUGUGUGAGUGAACGUGCGGGUGUGAGCGUGUGUGUGAGUGCUUGUGCACACACACGAGUGGCUGUGCGUUGCAGCGGGCGCGGAGCUGUUGAGCAGAGUGAGCUGUGCAGGGUGCCCUAUCCUCCCUGGGCUCCGGGCUCAGCCGGAGCUGCCUGGGGCUGCUUCCCAACAGGGAGAAUGCGCGCUGGAGGCCCAGGGGCCCGGGCUCAGAGACCCCCUCCCACCCAUCGUGGGAGGGGCACGGCGGUGGCCCUGGCUGGGGCUGUCUGCGCUCUGAGGGGCUGGCCGUGGGAGGGGCUGGGGACGCGUCCUUAGCAUGCGCUCCUGCCGCGGCUGUUCUUACGGUUCUGGCCCCGAGUCCUGAGCUGCUUCCGCUUCCCCACCUCUUCCUCGUCUCCCCCGCUGGGCCCUUGCUGCUUGACGGGCUCUCAGAGCACUUUAUUUAUUUGCCGUCUGUUUCUCAGGCAGUGGAGCUUUCACAAUAUCAGACACCGACUUGAAUGAGACAACUUCCACUUUCCUGUGUGUGAUGUACUCUGCACCGGGCAGCAGCGUCUGGUCAGAGAAAUGUUCUUGCAUCGGGUGUUGUCAAAUCUUGUUGUCUGUCUCAGUUAAGAAGAAAGUCCUUUGAGUUCAAUCAAAUAAAACCUGGAGGCCUCCUGUUUCUGCCGCCUCGGAGGAGAGAGGGGCGGCGAGCUCACCCCACUCUGGUGGCCGGGAGCUGGGGGAGGGGAGCACCCCGAGGGCUCUAAGGGGGCGGGGCUGAGGGCGGGGCUGGUGCCGGGUCAGAAGAUGAGGCGAGACCCGAGCUGACCCGGACCACUGCUCCCGUGAGGGGAAGGCAGCAGCACAGGCCUGGCCCAAGAGGUGGCACUUUGUCCCAUUCACAAACUUUAUUUGAAUCAACUAACGCCUAGGCCUUUUCUUCAUCUUAGAGGCUGGUGUUAGAAGGCGCGUAAUUCAGCUGAACCCCGAGGGCGGGCUGCGGUAGGUGAGGUGGAAUGGACUGUCUGCAGAUCAUUUCGUGUCCCCGAAGGCCCUUCCGCAGCCGCAAGUGGCAGGGUCUCCAUCACCUCCCAGCUGGCCAGGUGGUGUCUGAGUUUCGGAGAAGAUCAACCUCUGGGACUGGAAACCUGCCUCCCUUACUCCCACCUUAGACGCAAGCUGUCCCGGCAGAGAAGCCGG